AUGGUAUACUACUCCGCAACCAUUCAACGGGAAGAGCAACAGUCGGAUCACGUUUUAGACCUCGCCUCACAUGCAAGACCAGGAUAUCCAACAGGUGAUCCAUUCCUUGUACGCGGGAUUUCAACUGCAUACUGGAAAAGUCACCUCAACUCCACAAACCAAGAUUCUGUUCAGAAGCUCAUACAGACGCAGUACGACGCUCUACUCAAGAGCGCCACAAUCAACGGCACGAACAUCUACGGGGGAUCCUGGGUCGGACCGCCGUCACGGAAUCUCGACGUUUUGAACCAAACCUUCGCCGCUAUGCUUUUAAUCAACACCAUCCGUAUUCCUCCCGUCGUCAACAUCUCAAAUCCAACGCCUCCAUCAUCAAAAAAGAUUGGGAAGAUAGUAGGAGGCGUACUCGGAGGAUUGGCGUUCGUCGCAAUCUUGUUGGUUUCGAUAUUCGUAUUUCUCCGCAAACGGAAAAUCGGGGAAUCUGAUUCCCACCAUGAAGUCCCUGCUGAAUACCUUCCAUCUCCAUUUGUGCUACCAACGGUGGUGAGGGAAAUGGAAGGGGAAGGAACUUUCCCGUCGAGAGUCGUCAAAUCCCAUCCAAACGCUGGUCGGGGCGAACCUGUAGCGAACCCCGGGGGCGAAGUGAAUGUUGCACCAUCAAUAGUCGGCUCUGAGUCUCCCAUCAAUGAUCCGGACUCGGGACUUCACGCUGUUCCGACGGCUGAGCUGGUCAGAGUUCUGAACGCUCGUUUACGGCACCAUUCUUCCGGGGGGACAUCAGAUAUCAUGCCGCCUGCAUAUCCAGGAAGUCAGGCUACUGGUUAA